AUGAGGUGGAAGUCUGCCGCCGCAACGGGGAUCAGUGUUAGCUCGAUCUACGAGAUCAAGCGUGGCUUUAAACGUGCCAACGGAGCUGUGAAAUCUCCUUCAAAGAAGCGCCCGAAAUUCGCUGAGAAAAGGAAGAGGAUUUCAAAUCACGACGCGUGCACUUUGACGGCCGUGAGAAGCUGCCUGCACAAUUUGUUCUGUCGGGGGGAGAUUCCAACGUUGAAGAAAAUCGCCGCUCGUCUCCAAGAAGACAACGUGCUGCCGUCCUGUUCCGGGUCUACCCUGUAUCGCCUGCUGAAGGACAUGGCUUUCCAGAAACAGAAACGGAAUCGCAACUCCUUCCUAAUUGAGAGAGAGGACAUCGUCGAGUGGAGGCGGCGGUAUUUGAGGGCCAUCGGAAAGCACAGAGUACCGCAAGAUGAGACUUGGGUGAACGCCGGCCUUACAGUUGACAAGCUGUGGACCCACAGCACCAUAAAGUCAGCAAGGCAAGCCUUCAUGUCUGGACUGACGACCGGAUUAAAGGUUCCUUCUGGAAAAGGUGAAAGAGUGAUUGUCACCCACGCAGACAACGCACCAUACCACAGCAGAAAGGCUGAAGCAGUUCCCACAACUGCAACAAAGAAGGGCGAGAUCCAGCAGUGGCUCUCUUCCAAAAACCUAGACUGGACUGCCACAAUGAAGAAAAAAGACCUUCUGAGCAUCGUGGCAACGGUGAAGGAUCGCUACACAAAGCACAAAGUUGACGUCGUGGCUACGGACGUUGGACACACAGUGUUGAGGCUCCCACCGUACCAUUGCGAACUAAAUCCCAUAGAGUUGAUAUGGGCACGAGUCAAGCAGGAGGUCGCCUCCAAAAACAUCACAUUCAAGCCCAAUGACGCCGAGCGGCUCUUGAGGGAAGCAGUGGACAACGUAACAGCUGUCCAUUGGCAUGACUUUGUAGAGCAUAGGAAAAAAAUGGAGGCGAAGUUUCGAGAAUGUGAUGUCCCAGAGUCGAACCUCGAGCCAGUGAUCAUACCCCUCGAUGCAAGCGACACGGAGGAGGAGAGUGGAGACGACGACGAAGCUGACGACGAGGAUGAGAAUGAACAGAUUGACCGUGAACUAAUAUCCUCCUAG